AGAGCGGAGCUUCGAAAGCUCGACACGUCAGUAUCCAGCUGGGCAUCAUUUCUUUGCUCAUAUGAGACCCUCGCGCUCCGACUUUUUCACGGCCAUAAGAUCAAGCAAAGGUGCGGAAGGGCUUUCCCAUUUCACAUGGCCAUACACUGAGGUGUCUAAUGGCCUCCAGCUCAGGGCUGUCUAUGUGAGAAGUGAAUCUGAGAAGAGAAGAGCAGACACUUAAAGAGAGAGAAGAGUUUCCCACAGAGCAUGGCCUUUGCCAAAAAAGAUGGCAUUGAUGAAAGAUCGGUGGACAUUAAAGAAGACUGUGAGCAGCUCACAGUAGAGUAUGUGCGUGUGAAGCUGGAGGAUCACGAAGGAAGAAUUUCAGUUUUUAAAGAAGAGGAGGAGUGCAAGGGGGUGACUGCUGCCAUUAAAGCUGAGGAUUUGAAUGAUUUCUCCAUUGGUUUUGAACUUCAAAAUCAUGAAACAGAGGAUAUUUUCAAGCAAGAUACCUGUGAAGAAUCUCCAUCCAGUUUACAGCCCUGGUCCACUAAUAUGGGACGACUGGCUACACAGGAGAAUUCUGCAGAGCUAAAAUUAGAGUUAUCAGAGUAUGAAGAGAAAAUCACUACGGGAAAUGGGAGAGAAGGAGAAGAGUCACCUGGGAGUGUUGGAAUAAAUUUACAGAAGAAUGUCAGCUUCUCUCCACCUUCAUUUGGUCAGCCCUCUCUUCAAUACAAUGAGAAAAGUAUGAAGAAAUCAGCAAGAGGAUCAGAGAACCUGACAGCAGCUUUUUUGCAGUGCAGUUCUCUCCCUGCUACUGGAGUAACACAGACAGAAGCCAUCAAAACUGAUCGACAACAAGUGGAGAAGGAAAUCCAAAUUCAUACUGGAAAAAACUGUUGUUUGGAAUGUGGCAAACAAUUCACACAGCAAAGUGAUCUUAAUGAGCAUAUGAAGAUUCACAAUGGAGAAAAAACAUAUUGUUGUCAUGAAUGUGGUAUGUCGUUCUCAAGGAAAAGCAGUCUUCAGAGGCACAGAAGAAUCCACACAGGAGACAAACCUCAUUGCUGUUCAGAAUGUGGUAAGUCUUUCCAUAGGAGAAGCCAUCUUCAGAGGCACAGAACAAUCCACACAGGAGAAAAACCUCAUUGCUGUCCAGAAUGUGGUGAGUCGUUCUUAAGGAGAAUCAGUCUUCAGAACCACAGAAGAAUCCACACAGGAAAAAAAUCUCAUUGCUGUCCAGAAUGUGGUAAGUUGUUCUCAUGUAUAAGCGGUCUUCAGAACCACAGAAGAAGCCACACAGGAGAAAAGCCUCACUAUGAAGUAGCGGCCCUGAUGCACCACAAGCUGGUUGAUCCUGAUAGAAAUCUGAAGGAGGAACUCUGUUUGAAACAUCAGAAAAGUCUGGAGAUGUUUUGUAAAACUGAUGAGAUGUGUGUCUGCAUGAUGUGUGGAAUGGCUGAACGUGAUGCUCAUGAACAGGUCGAGCUGAAGAUGGAAAGAGAAGGAAAACAGAAACAGCUGGGGGUGACACUGAGUGAAAUUAGGAGGAGACUUGAAGAGAAAGAGAAGAAACUGAAGGAGACGACGAGGACAGCGGAGGAGAUGAAGCUUUCUGUGGAAAGAGUGAUAGGGGAACAUGAGAAGAGCUUCACUGAUCUGAUUCACAGCAUUGAGGAAACCUACAAGAACCUGACCGAGAAGAUCAGAGAACAGGAAAAGAGAGAAAUGGAGAAGGCCAAAGGAGUCAUGGAGCAACUGGAGAAGGAGAUUGAGGAGCUGAAGAGGAGAGAAGCUGUGCUGAAGGAGCUUUCAGAGACCAAGGACCAUCUCCACUUCCUGCAGAGUUUCCCAUCUCGCAGUGUCCUUCCUGCUGAUGGAGACUCGCUCAGCUUCCCUGUCACGGCUGACUUUUCUUCUGAGGACCUGCUAAAGGAGCUGUCUGGUCUGAAAAAGAGUCUGGAGAAGAUCAGCCAAUGGGACAUCCUGACAUGGACUCCACCAGGUCGUGAAGCUCCAAUCUUCACCUUACGGCAUCCUGAACCUCAGAACAGAGAGGAGUUUUUACAAUACUUCUGUCCCCUCACACUGGACAUCAACACGGCACACAGACACCUCCAUCUGUCUGAAGGGAACAAGAAGGUGACAAGUGAGGGGACAAAAGCUGAAUAUCCUGAUCAUCCUGACAGAUUUGACCACUGUGUCCAAGUUCUGUGCAGAGAGGCUCUGACUGGGACUCGCUGUUACUGGGAGGUGGAGUGCAGUGGACGCUUCAUGAAGAUUGGAGUCGCAUAUAAAGGACUGGACAGGAAAGGAGGGGUCUGGGAGUGCGGCCUUGGAUACAACGACAAGUCCUGGAGUUUGGUGUGGUCUCUUUCCCAGUACUCUGUGCGUCACAAUAAGAAGAGGACUGUAAUCAGCGCCCCCUACAGCCCCAGAAUAGGUGUGUAUCUGGACUGGCCUGCUGGCUCUCUGUCAUUUUAUAGCGUCUCACACACAAUGACCCUCCUGCACAGGUUCAACACCUCCUUCACUGAGCCCCUCUAUCCAGGGUUUGGAUUUGGUCUUAACUGCAGUGUAACAAUCAGCCAUCUGACACCAUGUGACCACUGACCAGUACCCUCCACCGGUCACUUGAUGUCCCCACAAGCGCAGGUCCUCUUUGUGUUUGUGGUUUGGGGUGAAAUUAAAUUUACAGGAUGGGUGGGUUGGGGGUGGAGGCACCUCUGUGAUUGAAUUUGUGGAUGAGAAUGAGGGGCGAGUGCGGCUGUCAUGGUCUUAAUUAUUAUUAGGUUUGAGUAGCCAAUCAGGUGUGUGUGUCAUAAUGAGGGGCGGAGACACCUCAGACCUACAAAUACCAGUCCAACCAGCAGGGGUCACUGCUGAUUCACAGCCACAUGUCAUUCAGGCUGACACCCCAACAACUACUGAGGCCCCAAAGUGUCACUGAAUGUCACCUGUUAAGUAGGACAGGCAUGUGGUCCUGCUGGAUCAGCACAACUGAAAGGCGCUAUACAGACUCAGUAUGGAGAGCUCUUCAAUAGUGACUAUAUGUAGGAGCAGAGAGUGACAGAUGGGACUGGAGUGUUGUCCACUCACCAGAUAUUUGUGACCCUCCAUUGGUCACUCAAAGGGUCCUUCAGUUCAGAAUGAAUUCACUGUGAAUGUCUGAAGACGAGGACUCACCGGUCAGUCAGAUGUCAGCCAUACUGACAGAGUUUGGUGUUUUAGUUGAUGUCACAUUAAACUGUAAACUGCACUUCCUCCUUGUCACCAGGUUUGUCACUCGUGGUACCCUGAAAGCUCCAACAUCUGCUGUUAAUGAAUUCUUGGUCAGUUGGCGCACACUUGACAUGGGUGCACAUGUGUGGCUCUGCAGUGGACUGGCACCCCGUCCAGGGUUGGCCCACCUUGUCCACAAACCUGAAAUUGAAAAGCAGAUAAGAAAGACAACAAAUGGACAGAAGGGGUCACUGAUUGGUCAGUCGCCAAACUACUGCCUCUUGUGGCCACUCUAAAUUUUACACAGCAAUUUAUACAAAAAGGAAAUCUAAAAGAUAAAAGCAGAAAGCAUUCAGUGAAAUCCUGAGCAGUGAAACAUGAAAGGAGAGAAUGAGAAACAAUCAGAGAGUCAGACGAAUGGAGACUUUAACAGGAGGACUGAGGGGUGGGACUGAAGUGCAGUGGCGCCCUCUAGUGGACACCCGCCAUACUACACACAUGGGAAAGGGGGGAGAAAAGAAUACAGUGCAGUGUAAAAGAAAUAAGAAUAAAGUAAAAACACAAGAAUAAAACACCUGAAAUAAAGAACUGUAAAUAUUACAGUAAUCCCUCCUCUAUCGCGGGGGUUGCGUUCCAGAACCCCCCGCGAAAGGUGAAAAUCCGCGAAGUAGAAUCCAUAUGUUUAUAUAAUUAUUUUUAUAUUGUCCUGCUUGGGUCACAGAUUUGCACAGAAACACAGGAGGUUGUAGAGAGACAGGAACGUUAUUCAAACACAGCAGACAAACAUUUGUCUCUUUUUCAAAAGUUUAAACUGUGCUCCAUGACAAGACAGAGAUGACAGUUCUGUCUCACAAUUAAAAGAAUGCAAACAUAUCUUCCUCUUCAAAGGAGUGCGCGUCAGGAGCAGAGAAUGUCAGAGAGAGAGAAAAAAGCAAACAAUCAAAAAUCAAUAGGGCUGUUUGGCUUUUAAGUAUGCAAAGCACCGCCGGACAAAGCGGCUGCAAGAAAGGGAGCAAUGUGAAGGUAAUCUUCUCUAGGCCAGUGUGCGAACAGCCCCCCUGCUCAAACCCCUCCGUCAGAAGCAGAGAAUGUCAGAGAGAGUGAGAGACACAGAGAAAAACAAACAAUCAAAAAUCAAUACGUGCCAUUCGAGCUUUUAAGUAUGCGAAGCACCGUGCGGGAAGCAUGUCGCUUGACAAAGCAGCUGCACAGAAGGGAGCAAUGUGAAGAUAAUCUUUCAGCAUUUUUUGAGGAGCAGCCGUAUCCUCUAGGGGUGCGAACAGCCCCCGUGCUCACAAUAUAUUUGAGGAGUUUUAUUUAAUACGUAAUACGCGCUCUGGUUGGGUAGCUUCUCAGCCAUCUGCCAAUAGUGUCCCUUGUAUGAAAUCAACUGGGCAAAUCAACUGAGGAAGCACAUAACAUAAAUUAAAAGACCCAUUGUCCUCAGAAAUCCGCAAACCAGCAAGAAAUCCGCGAUAUAUAUUUAAAUAUGCUUACAUAUAAAAUCCGUGAUAGAGUGAAGCCGUGAAAGUCGAAGCGCGAUAUAGCGAGGGAUUACUGUAUAUCUAAAACUAAGAUUUAAAUGAAUUAAGAGUAAAAUAAGGGUGACACGAUCACACAGUCACAUGACCUUCAGAGCUGACAGCUGAGCUGAUUCUUCUGUAGCCAAACUGCCCCCUCUAGUGGCCACUCUCAAUAUUAAAUGAAUGGCAAGGCUGAGGGGGAGGAAAGAUUUGGGUUUGAUCAAAUGGAUAUUUAGUGAGAAUUUCUUAAUAUUGUCAUUACCUUUAAGGACAAUGCAGCUUUGUUAGGUUAUGGAAAAUUCUCUAUGGGAAAAGAACAUUUGUUUGAAUUAGUCUUUUUAAUUAUUGUUAUGUAUUUACAAAAUACAAAUCUAAUAAUUGAUUACAUUUUGUAAAAUAAACUCCCAAUUGUGUUUGGUGAAUAAACAAUAAGGAUGACUGACA